UUGUCAAUGUCAUAUUGUCACGUUUGUUGUAUAGCACGAGUGCGCGUAAACUGCGAAAUUAAAAGUUAUUACAAGAUUAAAACUCAAAACCCAUAUCAGUAACCAUGUAUCUCAGAUAUUUCUUGAACGAAAAAGGUGAAAGACAGUACACUCUGGCGACGUUGGACCCUACUGGAAAGCCAACCCUAUCUGCCCACCCAGCCCGAUUUUCUCCCGAAGACAAGUAUUCAAGACAGAGAAUCAUAAUCAAGAAGAGAUUUGGUCUCCUUAUAACACAACAGCCAGAACCAAUCCACUAAUUUAGUAUAACAAUAAAUUUAAGUACUUUAAUCUUAAGCAACAUGUCUAUUUUACUUUUAGACUGUAAGUUACAUGUAACUUGGAAAUAUUACAGUGUAACAUCAAAAUGCAAUUUAUGAUAAGGAAAUAAACUUUUCAAACAAAAA